ACGAAAAGAUAUGUAAAAAGUUUCACACCUCAAACAAAAAUAUAAAUUUAUAUUUUUCACAAAGAAAUUUAAGGAAAUGGUAAACGAAACCAUUCGGCAAAAUGAAAGUAACAUUGAAAGAUCUACUAAAUCAAUCGCGGAUGUAGUCAUCAAAGAAGACAUUCAGAUGAUCGUAGAUCGUGCCUUGGGGUCAUCGUACACAAUUAUUAGCUAUGCACUUCAACAAUUCCCAGGCAAAAAUCUUGGAUUUAUGGCAGCCCAUCGAAAUCUUAUUGUCACUGUUUACAAUGAAACUGUCGGUCAAGAAGAAGAGCACAGUUUCUUUGUAAAAUCUAUGCCUUAUGGUGUUGAUUCUCAAGUAUCGUUAAUUGAAGAUGCCGGAGCAUUUCGCAAAGAAACGACAUAUUACAAUAAAAUGGUUCCCGAGUUGGUGGCAAGUGUCGAAGACAGCGUCUGGGGCGCAGAGUGCUUCUUAGUGAAAAAUGAUGUGAUGGUGUUUGAAAAUUUGAAAUCUAAAAACUUUAACAUCAAAGAAAAAUUUUUAGAUAUCCGUUUUGUGAAGGCUGCUUUACUAGCUUUAGCGAAAUUGCACUCGGCUUCGAUUUUAACUGAAGAACGCCUUGGAAAAAAUCUACUUGAGCUUUAUCCGGAAAUACUAACUGACAGACUUUAUUUGCGCGAAGGUAAAACUUACGAUUGGUGUUUGGCAGGCGUUGAAGUGGCCAUUGCAGUAGCUAAGCACCUGAAACUAGAUUUUACUCUCAUUCGGCAAGUAUGUGACCGGGUUUACGAAGCAAUACUUCCCUCGAAAUCCAUGAGGAAUGGAAUUUGUCACGGUGAUAUGUGGUCAUAUAAUUUACUUUUUGAUGAUUCAAAACCUCUACCUAAAUGUCUCAUGGUGGAUUAUCAGAUAAUACGAUAUGCACCUAUCAUGACCGAUGUGUCUUUGCUUUUUUAUUUGACUACUAGAAGAAUAUUUCGAAAACAAUAUGAGACGGAAUUAUUGACUUAUUAUCACGAAGCACUAUGCAAAAAGCUAAAGGAAAACCACUAUCAAGCAGAACUUCCAACUUUAAACAGUAUUUUUUAUGAAUUCGAGCAAAUUAGAAUCGUAGGUAUUGUUACCGCUUUGCUAUAUUUUCCAAUAAUUCUAUUAGAAGGUGAAGAAAGUAGUGAUUCAACCAAAAGUUCUGAUAAUUAUGUGAAACUUCAAUUCAGAGAUCGUGUGGGUGUGGUGUUAGAUGUUAUCCAGAAAGAUAUGAUUUAUAGGGAAAAAAUUAAAGAAAUUGUUGAAGAGAUAGUUGAAAGAGCUGAAAAUUUAUUAGCUGCUUGA